GAUCUAGCAACAAUUUCUAUCGCAUCACACCCUUCACCCGAGGCUAUACGAAUGUUGUAUGGGAAAUCAGCAUAGCUGAUUGCAGUAUCCAAGGCUUCCUGUAUUUCGACGAAACUCUUUUGCGAUGGCUCGUGGAACAGGCAAAGGACGGCGAAAGCAGUCCGUUGCGGAUAAGGCUGCUGCCAAAGCGAAGAAAACAGAGUCCGCGAACCCAAAGACUAUGGUAAUUCGAAUUGGAGCAGGAAAGGUCGGCUCAAGCACAAGCGCCUUGGUUCAGGAUAUGAGACAAGUCAUGGAGCCCGAUACAGCUGUGCGAUUGAAGGAAAGGCGAGGCAACAAGCUGCGAGAUUAUACAACUAUGUGCGGACCUCUAGGCGUUUCUCACCUGCUUCUCUUUUCGCGCUCUGAGAGCGGAAAUACGAAUGUUCGACUCUCUCGAAUGCCUCGUGGACCUACUCUCAACUUUAGGGUUGAACAAUACUCUCUAUGCAAGGAUGUCCAAAAAUCUCAGAAACAUCCCAGAAUGCCAGCAGACCUAUUUCGAACAGCACCCCUUCUCGUCAUGAAUAACUUCGUCACUUCGAUCGAACAAAGAGAAUUACUUGGAGAUGCAGCACCACCCGCCCAUCUCGAGAAACUUGUCACAGACAUGUUCCAAGGUCUCUUUCCUCCCAUCCAGCCACAUUCCACGCCUCUGCAGUCCAUAAAGCGCGUCCUUCUCUUGAACCGAGAGCCACCAAAAGAAGGUGAUAACGGUACUAUUACCAUUAACUUGCGACACUAUGCGAUCACAACAAAGAUUACUGGAGUCCCCAAGGCAAUUCGCAGGUUAUAUGCCGCAGAGAAAAUGAUCGGCAGUAAGGAGAAGAAAAGGAAAGCAUUGCCCAACCUAGGUGGCCUGGACGAUGUCGCAGAUUACAUGCUUGAUCCGUCAGCUGCUGGUUAUACUUCUGCAUCUGAUACCGAAAUUGAGACCGAUGCUGAAGUCGAGGUUGCAGCUCCAGUCACUCGCCGAGUCCUGUCAAGAAAAGAGCGCGAACGAGCAGCUGCAGGCGAGAAUGGUCGUAAAGUCAUGGCGCGUGGAAGUGGACCGAAGGUCGAGAAACGUGCUGUGAAGCUCAUCGAACUUGGCCCGCGUCUAAAGUUGAGGUUGACAAAGGUUCAGGAAGGCGUGUGCGAUGGACGUAUCAUGUGGCACGAGUUCGUCACGAAGAGCGCUGCUGAGGUAAAGGAAAUGGACAAGGCGUGGGAGCAGAGAAAUAAAGAGAAGGCCGAGAGGAGGCGUAUUCAGAAAGAGAAUAUUGAGAGGAAACGAAAGGAACGUGCCGCGAAGGGAGAGACCGGCGAGGACGAUGAGGUGGAUGAGGACAUGGAAGAUUAUGAUGAGUAUGAUUACGAUGACGACGAGUGGCACGGAGACGAUGCGGAGGUAGCCGAUGAUCAAAGCAAGAAUGCCGACGAUGGAGAUGAGGACAUGGACGAUGAUGAGGAGUAAAUAACCCGGGGAAGUCGCAAAAAUGUCAAGAUACCCAUUUUAACACCAUCCCGUUCCAUUUUCCCGUGAUCGUCUUUUUCGACAUUAUCCCAUUCCGCAUGGGGUCUUCAUCGUUCACUUGGUAUAUCCAUAUAUUCUUUAGGUUAUAGCAUGUACUACUCCGUUCCCUAUAUCAUACCUCUGGUCAUCAUAAUAGAGCAUUCU